AUAGUGCACCUUAUUAAUUUCAUCACAUCAACAACUCUACCUACCUAGCCUAGGCACCUAGAUAUCCGGAUAUUUUAUCUAGCAGCCUUACCCUUAUGAUAAGGGUCUUUCCAUGUCAUAUGCUGAAUUAUUGAUAUCGAUUUACCUAUGAUACAGGUGCAUAUCAAUUUUAGUCAAUUCAUUCCGACCGAAGAGAUCAGAUCGGAUCAUCACUGUUGACACUUGGGUUCGGACCACAUUUAUAAAGGAUACCCCUUUUCUUUAGCCCUUCCACUUGGCUUGAGUCAAUCCUCCCGACCAUAACUUAGAGCCCUCAGAGAUGGCGGCUUGUAAAAUUUGUGAGCAGCCUCUCACCCUCGAAGUGGAUGAUGAGGACGGUACCGAUGAAAAACAAUUCAUCCCUGAUGACCUGAAACUUUCCUGCGGCUGUCAUUUCCAUUGGCAAUGCCUUUUCGACCGAGCUGCGGAACUGGCCAUAUCGUUAAAGUGCCCUUCUUGUGAUUCAGGGCUUGCUGCAAAUGUAGCAGGGCCAUCGGUUACAAAUCCCUUCCUGCAGUCAGCCCCGGGUGCGGCUAUCUUAACAAGAUACACGAACGAAGGAGGCGUUCAGGAGAAUUAUGACAUCCUUCCUGAAAUUACCGAAGAAGCUUAUCUGGAAGCCAACCCGGAAGCCCGACCGGCCCGUGCUUACCAUGUCAUGUGUGGCGAAGGCGAUGUCGGUGGAAUCGUUGAGCUCCUGCGUGAUGCUGAACAAGCAGAAGGAGAUGAACCUACCAUGAAUGCAUCGCAACUCAUUCGUUAUCAAGAUCCGCUAGGAGAUUCGAAAACUGGCUUGCACUUGGCAGUGGAAAAGGGACAAGAAGAAACCAUAUGGUUACUCUUAUGGAUAGCAUCCACCCUACCCACGGCGGCAUUUCCCGCUCCAGCCGUACAAGCGGCACAGGCAAUGGGAAUUUCGCGACCGAGCACGUUGGCAUCGGAGGAUAUCCGGGCACUCACAGAUAACCAAGGUCGUACCGCUGAGGCAGUCGCGGCACAAAUAGGAGGCAUUUGGACGAGUAUCCUGGAGUCUGGAGCUUUGCACCCUGGAGCGUAACAUCCAUCAUGGAUCCUCGACAAGACCAGUUUAUAUCCGGCCACCUCGCUUAUUGCAUGGCUUGAGUAUUGCGCUUACCCGCCUAGGUAUAUACACGCAAAAUGAAUUCCUAAAUUGUCAAUCAAAUUUGGGCAAAAUGGAGACGUUGGUGGUUAAUGCAGGUGUCUUGUCUGCAACGCUGACCUUGCGAAACAUACUUAUUUCUUACUUGCUUUCCCGUUCCCUCUGCAUACAUGACUACUGACCCGCAUGCAACUAUACUACGUAUGUACGUGAUUGUCCAACAACGUGGUUGAAGGAAUUUCUGGUAAUCUUAAUGUGACUCCCUCACGUUGCGGCAGCUUGCGAUCUUGCGCGAGUUGUUACCCGGAACGGCCAAUGCUUGUUACAGUAAGUAACCCCAGGGCUGACGACAGCCCACGUUUUCGUAAAACGAGAAUGAAUCCUAUAAUGUUACCCAUCCGAUCGAUGUGUACAUCCAUGAAUAUUCUUUACCUAACAUAUAAUGGAUUAAUUAGACUAUAGCAGUUUUAUUCUAUACUCGUUUUCAGAUUAUGAUUAUUAUCAAUCAACAAGGACAUACGCCACACCGUC